AUGGAGGAUAAAGAUCUCACACUUCUUGACUCGCUGAACAAGGAGGAAAUAGUCGGGAAACUCCUAGCUGCAAUCGAGUAUAUUAAACUCCAGCAGGAACGGGUCAUCCAGCUCGAAGCCAAUUUCGUAGAUGUUAAGCUGGCCUUUGCGGACGCUAUGACUGACCAGUUCGUCCGUCAGCGCUCAUACCCUCCCGUUUUUCCACUCAAUAAGGAUCUGCAUCACGCGGGCAAACCAUCCUACGCUCAAACAACUAAGGUCCAGCAAGCCCCGGUACUGUCGGCCAGCUUUGCAGCUGGUGCAACAAUGGAAAAACUGCUAGAAUCCAGUGCGGGUGGUCCUGUUCCAUCAUUGGUCAGACAAAAGGACAACAACAUCUAUGUCUGUCUCAAUGACCCGACGGACCUGAAACGCACGAAAUCCAUCCAGGAAUCCAAAGAGGGACCAAACCAUAGAAGUAUCCUUAAUUCUGUUUCUCGUCCUUCCAAAUUGUACCCUGCGGUUGCACUCUUCGUAGACCUAAGCUAUCUACCCACUUUAAAAGACGAAUUAAUGGUUAGAAAUUAUGGUCUCAAGGGAAAAGUUUAA